CUUCGAUAGCCAUCGACUCGAAAAAUUCCCUACAAAAGGGAGAUUUUGAGGAAACUUCGGCAGAGACCAUGGAGACGCUCAGCUUUAGACUCUUGUUGUCUCAGGUGUUGGUUUGCCUCGCGAGUGCUCAAUCUUGGACUCCUCGGCAGCUGGACUGCUAUUCGCCAACGAGACAGCCAGGACAGUGCAUCGGAAUCCGAGAAUGUCCACCUCUUCUGAGUCUCCUUCAAAGUCGGCCCCUAAAUCCUCAAAACGUCGAUUUUCUGAGACAAUCCCAAUGUGGAUUCGAAGGAAGGGACCCCAAAGUGUGCUGCGUGGAUCCAAGAUCGAAUACCGGCAACGUACCCACGACGACAUCCGGAGCAACCGACGAGCAAAAGCAGGACGUCCAGAGCAAGGUGAACCUCCAGGACCACCCUUUGCUCCCUAAAGAGUGUGGCAGAGAUUUAUCCCAAAGGAUCGUGGGAGGAGAAAAGGCAGGAAUCGACGAAUUUCCGUGGAUGGCUCUCCUGGAAUACGACAAACCGAACGGGAGGGUAACGGCCUGUGGAGGAGUACUGAUAAGCGAUAGAUACGUCCUGACCGCGGCGCACUGCCUGAAGGGAAAGGAUCUACCAAGGACCUGGAGACUGUCCAGCGUCCGUCUCGGAGAAUACAACACCGAGACCGAGCACGACUGCAUCGCCGAUGGGGAAGACAGCCAAGUGUGCGCCGACGACCCCAUCUCCGUAGGCAUCGAGGAACAUAUCGCCCACGAAGAUUACGUGCCCCAAUCCAGGGACCAGCGGUUCGAUAUCGCUCUCCUGCGACUCACGAGAAGCGUCAGCUUCACGAACUUCAUCAAGCCGAUCUGUCUGCCCAGUGACGAAAGUCUAGGGCCGAAGCUGGUGGUGGCAGGCUGGGGGAAAACGGAGACGAAGACGGAGUCCAACAUCAAGCUGAAGCUGACUCUGCCCUUGGCCGAUGGUGCGGAGUGCAACCGAACUUAUGGAAAUGCCGGAGUCAGGCUAGGGGGAGGACAGAUCUGCGCAGGGGGCCAGAGAGGCAAGGACUCCUGCAGGGGAGAUUCCGGUGGGCCCUUGAUGUCCUUUCAGAGGUCCUUCGAUGGCACCGGAAGGUGGGCCGUCGUGGGAAUCGUAUCGUUCGGACCUUCUCCGUGCGGCAUGCAAGGCUGGCCUGGAGUCUACACCAAGGUUGACGAUUACACCCCCUGGGUGCUAAGGAACCUGAGAGCUUAGUUUUAUGUUCUUCGAUGACGAUUUGCGACGACGAUGGCCAAUGAGCUCCUGUCGGUGGCUGGAGGGAACUCGAAAGUCCUCGUGGUUGGAUUUGGCCCUGAAUAGGAGAGAAAUUUCCGAGCAUUACUGCACACUACUGGCGACCGGAGGGACGAUUUUGGACGUAGGGGGCAUUAAGGCGAUACGAAAGUGGCGUCAGGCAUUUUUCUAACUUUCCUGCGAUCCGUGGUACCGAACUAAUUGACAUUUUCUCGCGGGAAGGUGAUCUCGAGGAGAGUCGUCCUCUCUUGCGAAGCCUUUCACCUGAAAUAUAAAUUCCGUAUAUUCUACGUUCAUGGUGCCGACAGUUGUGUUGGUUUUUUUUCUUUUUCCUUUUAUGGACACGUAAACCAUGCAUUUGUUCGCAUCACAUGUCAGUAUCACUCUCCAUCGUUGAGGAAUGUUCAUGGAAUAAUUGUCGCCGAAUGGUACCGUACUCUAAAUACUCGUAACGACCGAUCUCGGGGAUUGUUACAUGUUUCGUUGAUGUUGUAAUGACAGUACCGCAUACACGAAUGCAACCCUUGAACUUAAGUUAGCUUUGUUGGCGGGAACAAGUUGCAUAAUUGUGGUUGCGUUUGCGCCAGUUUCUCAGCCUUGUUUACGUCUGUUAAAACCGAUAAGGAAAUUGAUACGAGGGGACGUGGGAUGCAAAAAAUAUGGAGCGACUUGCAGGGAAAUCAGGUCAGUGGGAUUGUAAUUAAUAAGCGAAUUCGUGCCUUGACGCGAUCGUUGCUCGGAAAGCAGACUUCGCGUCCUGUCUUUCUCGUUUUUCUUUAACCGAUACGAAUAUUUUUAUUUUUUAACGACCAAAUACACUGAUCAUUUCACAAA